GAAAGUGCGGGGCCCGUAGCAUACGUAGUUACUUUUCCUACGAGAAUAAUCCGGCACUGGUCAUCUCUCAUCUGAAACAUUCAAAGGGCACCCUCAGUGGCAGCUGUCCCUGUGCGGCACACUAUGACGCAGCAUCCGGCCCGCAAGUGGGCAUUGGUCUGCCAACUGGGGGCAAUGAUUGCCGCUAUGUUUCUAAACCCGAUCCAGUAAAAUGUGGGGUAACUUUUAAAUUAUUUACGGAAAAUUUGGAUCCUACCGCCAGCACACAGUGUCUAACUGGUUUUUAAUGACGUCAUGAGAUAUUUAACGUCGACUGUAAAUCACACAGCUCAUGGAAUAUCACGGUGAUUAAACAGGCCGCAGUAAUAACCAGGGUUGCCUGCUGCAUUCGAACCGCGAACCUCUGCAGCGAGUGGCAAACGCACUACGGCAGGGCAAUGCCACCGGCCCCAUGAUAAUGAUGACGAUGAUUACUAUGACGACGAUGAUUCAGACGAUGAUAACGAUGACGACAAAGAUGAUUAAGCCAAUGAUAACGAUGAACGACGACGAUGGAGACGACGAUAACGAGGACGCCGGCUUUGGCACGCGACCACAGGUGCGGCUCCUGCAGCGCGAGAACGCGGCGCUGGAGGCGCAGCUGAAGGUGCUGGCGGGGGGCGCGCCGUUGACCGCCGACGGAGACCUCGCGGUCGACUACGAGGAGCGCGUGGCCGCGCUGCGCUCCACGCUCGAGACGCUCGCCACGGAGGCCGUGAGCCUGGAGGUGGAGGCGGACAACGUGCGCGCCUCCGCCGACGAGCUCCGAGCCAAGUACGAGUUCGAGACGGGCAUUCGUUACCAGCUGCAGUCGGACAUCAGCCUCAUGAAGAAGGACAUCGAGUUUGCGAACGAUUCCAAGGUCACCCUGGCCACCAAAAUGACCUCCCUCACGGAAGAGCUCGCGUUCCUCAAGAUUAAUUACGAGGAGGAGAUGACGACGUACCACGCCCGGCUGGGCUCCACCGAGUCGACGUCGGCCGUCAUCGAGCUGGACACGGUCCGCUCGGUCGACGUCACCACGGCGCUCUCCAAGAUCCGCGACGAGUACGAGGAGUUGGCGCGGAAGCACCGAGCGGAGGCGGAGGCCUACUACACCAGCACGGUGGAGCAAAUCCAGGAGUCCACGGUGCAAACGACGGCGGCGAUCACGGAGCUCAAGACGGAGCUGAGCACGGUGCGGAAGGAAGCGCAGAGCCGCUACUUGGAGCUGCAGACCACGCUGUCCGAAAGCUACUCCCUGGAGCAGACAGUGGCGAUGUCCUCGGCCCGCAGCAGCACCAGCGUGGCGAGCUACCAGUCGACCUUUGCCAGCCUCGAGGUGGCCAUCUCCACCGCCAAGUCGGACCUGCAGCGCCAGCUCGUGGCGUACCAGGCGCUUGUGGAUGUCAAGCUGGUGCUGGACGCGGAGAUAGCCACCUACAAGCGCCUGCUGGAGGGCGAGGAGGACAUUCUGGGCGGCGUCAACAUCUCUCCGAGCGGCGUAAGGUUCUCAUCCGCCUCCCCUGUGUCGUCCGGAGGGGGCAGCGUCGUCCGGGCCACGAGCAUCAGCGGCUCCCACGUGGCCACCGCCGCCACCGCCGCCGCCGCCGCCGCCGUGGCCGCCGUGGCCGCCGCCGCGGCUCUGCCGGUCGGCCUCGGCGUUUCAGUACCGGUGGCGGUGGAGGUCCCCGUGCUGGCCCCCGUCGUGGCCGCCACUGUCACCGCGGCGGCGGAGGCCGUCGUGGUGACCACAGAAACGUUCGAAGAGGUCACCGCGAGCAGCAGCUCAAGCUUCAGUGAGGUGUCCAGCAGCAAGGUCGCCACGACGAGCGGAGAGGAGCUGCUGGGGACUGACCUGGCCACCACCGCCGCUGCCAUCGCUGCCACGGCGGAGUAGAGGUGAUGGCGCUUGAGACGACAGCUUAGGAAGCGGAGUGAUGCGUGGGCAUCAUCCCGGGACCAAUCCGCGUCGGCUUUCGUUGUUUCUUUUGCCGCUCCUCCUCAGCUCUCCUCGGCCACUCGCUGGUGGCUCUUUUGCGCGCGUGCCUUGAGCGCAGGCUGUGGCGUGCCGGUGGAAUGUACUCCCUCUCAGCUUUGGGUUUCCACCCAGCGCCACCCGUGGGGCCAAGCGAUCGCUGUGCACGCACUCGCCACGCGUCGAUCUUCAGCGCACGUACGCAGAACUCUCGUCCGCGUCUCCACCUAUCAAUAAUAACGGUAAUGACAUGAUCUGGCCCAGUGGCUCUCAACCGGGGUGUACGUGGACCCCUGCAGGCACGUGACAAUUGUCCUAGGGGGUGCGCGAGGUGAUUUUUUAACGUGUAAAAUGAUAACGUAUGAAUCUGCCAAUAAAAAAUCAUAUUUACCAGCGAACGUCGUACUCAAACUGUAAAUGUGGAUUCACUCUUCAACACACCGGUGGGCUAAAGUAGUGAAUUAUUUGUAUUUUGUCAACGUGACACCUUUUUUUGCUGAUUGGCCGUGUCGGGUGGUGGAGGGUUACGACACAUUUAUAAAUAAACGCGAUCUAACCCAAAAACCUUUAUUAUGAAUUAUUAUGAAAAAAUAACUACGAUAACAUUUAAAUCCGCACAGUAGCCUAGAACGGUAUCAUAGACUUCUCUAAACUCAUCUUCUUUGGUUCUUUCGGUAAAGUCACGUAUAAUGAGAAUAAAAUCAUAAAUUGAUAAAAUAAAAUAACACAAUAAU